AUGAGGAGAGGAGUUGAAAGAUGUGAAAUUAUUAAGGAAGAAGAGGAGGAGAAGGAGAUAAGUAAUAAAGACAAUAAAGUUUGUCUUUUGCUUCUAUCUCUGUACAUUAUCUAUCUAUCUAUCUCUGUACAAUAUCUGUCUACGUCUGUAUAUUAUCUAUCUAUCUCUGUACAAUAUCUGUGUACGUCUGUAUGUUAUCUAUCUAUCUAUCUCUGUACAAUAUCUGUCUACGCCUGUAUAUUAUCUAUCUAUCUAUCUCUGUACAAUAUCUGUCUACGUCUGCAUAUUAUCUAUCUAUCUAUCUAUCUAUCUCUGUACAAUAUCUGUCUACGUCUGCAUAUUAUCUAUCUAUCUCUGUACAAUAUCUGUCUACGUCUGCAUAUUAUCUAUCUAUCUAUCUCUGUACAAUAUCUGUCUACGUCUGCAUAUUAUCCAUCUAUCUAUCUAUCUAUCUAUCUAUCUAUCUCUGUACAAUAUCUGUCUACGUCUGCAUAUUAUCUAUCUAUCUAUCUAUCUCUGUACAAUAUCUGUCUACGUCUGCAUAUUAUCUAUCUAUCUAUCUAUCUCUGUACAAUAUCUGUCUACGUCUGCAUAUUAUCUAUCUAUCUAUCUAUCUAUCUAUCUAUCUAUCUCUGUACAAUAUCUGUCUACGUCUGCAUAUUAUCUAUCUAUCUAUCUCUGUACAAUAUCUGUCUACGUCUGCAUAUUAUCUAUCUAUCUAUCUAUCUAUCUCUGCACAAUAUCUGUCUACGUCUGUAUAUCCAUCUAUCUAUCUAUCUAUCUCUGUACAAUAUCUGUCUACGUCUGCAUAUUAUCCUAUCUAUCUAUCUAUCUAUCCAUUCUAUCUCUGUACAAAUAUCUGUCUACGUCUGCAUAUUAUCCUCCAUCUUCAUCUAUCUAUCCAUCUAUCUAUCUCUGUACAAUAUCUGUCUACGUCUGCAUAUUAUCUAUCUAUCUAUCUAUCUAUCUAUCUAUCUAUCUCUGUACAAUAUCUGUCUACGUCUGCAUAUUAUCUAUCUAUCUAUCUAUCUAUCUCUGUACAAUAUCUGUCUACGUCUGCAUAUUAUCCAUCUAUCUAUCUCUGUACAAUAUCUGUCUACGUCUGCAUAUUAUCUAUCUAUCUAUCUAUCUAUCUCUGUACAAUAUCUGUCUACGUCUGCAUAUUAUCCAUCUAUCUAUCUCUGUACAAUAUCUGUCUACGUCUGCAUAUUAUCUAUCUAUCUAUCUAUCUAUCUCUGUACAAUAUCUGUCUACGUCUGCAUAUUAUCCAUCUAUCUAUCUCUGUACAAUAUCUGUCUACGUCUGCAUAUUAUCUAUCUAUCUAUCUCUGUACAAUAUCUGUCUACGUCUGCAUAUUAUCUAUCUAUCUAUCUAUCUUUGCGGCAAUAUCUGUCUACGUCUGCAUAUAUUAUCCAUCUAUCUAUCUCUGUACACAUCUGUCUACGUCUGCAUAUUAUCUAUCUAUCUAUCUAUCUAUCUCUGUACAAUAUCUGUCUACGUCUGCAUAUUAUCCAUCUAUCUAUCUAUCUAUCUAUCUAUCUAUCUAUCUCUGUACAAUAUCUGUCUACGUCUGCAUAUUAUCUAUCUAUCUAUCUAUCUCUGUACAAUAUCUGUCUACGUCUGCAUAUUAUCUAUCUAUCUAUCUAUCUCUGUACAAUAUCUGUCUACGUCUGCAUAUUAUCUAUCUAUCUAUCUAUCUAUCUAUCUAUCUAUCUCUGUACAAUAUCUGUCUACGUCUGCAUAUUAUCUAUCUAUCUAUCUAUCUAUCUAUCUCUGUACAAUAUCUGUCUACGUCUGCAUAUUAUCUAUCUAUCUAUCUCUGUACAAUAUCUGUCUACGUCUGCAUAUUAUCUAUCUAUCUAUCUAUCUAUCUAUCUCUGUACAAUAUCUGUCUACGUCUGCAUAUUAUCCAUCUAUCUAUCUAUCUAUCUCUGUACAAUAUCUGUCUACGUCUGCAUAUUAUCUAUCUAUCUAUCUAUCUAUCUACAAUAUCUGUCUACGUCUGCAUAUUAUCUAUCUAUCAAUCUAUCUAUCUAUCUAUCUCUGUACAAUAUCUGUCUACGUCUGCAUAUUAUCUAUCUAUCUAUCUCUGUACAAUAUCUGUCUACGUCUGCAUAUUACCUAUCUAUCUAUCUAUCUAUCUACAAUAUCUGUCUACGUCUGCAUAUUAUCUAUCUAUCUACAAUAUCUGUCUACGUCUGCAUAUUAUCUAUCUAUCUAUCUACAAUAUCUGUCUACGUCUGCAUAUUAUCUAUCUAUCUAUCUAUCUAUCUAUCUAUCUAUCUCUGUACAAUAUCUGUCUAUGUCUGCAUAUUAUCUAUCUAUCUAUCUAUCUAUCUAUCUAUCUAUCUAUCUAUCUCUGUACAAUAUCUGUCUACGUCUGCAUAUUAUCUAUCUAUCUAUCUCUGUACAAUAUCUGUAUACGUCUGCAUAUUAUCUAUCUAUCUAUCUAUCUAUCUCUGUACAAUAUCUGUCUACGUCUGCAUAUUAUCUAUCUAUCUAUCUAUCUAUCUCUGUACAAUAUCUGUCUACGUUUGCAUAUUAUCUAUCUAUCUAUCUAUCUAUCUAUCUAUCUAUCUCUGUACAAUAUCUGUCUACGUCUGCAUAUUAUCUAUCUAUCUAUCUAUCUAUCUAUCUAUCUAUCUCUGUACAAUAUCUGUCUACGUCUGCAUAUUAUAUAUCUAUCUAUCUAUCUAUCUCUGUACAAUAUCUGUCUACGUCCGCAUAUUAUCUAUCUAUCUAUCUAUCUAUCUCUGUACAAUAUCUGUCUACGUCUGCAUAUUAUCUAUCUAUCUAUCUCUGUACAAUAUCUGUCUACGUCAGCAUAUUAUCUAUCUAUCUAUCUAUCUCUGUACAAUAUCUGUCUACGUCUGCAUAUUAUCUAUCUAUCUAUCUAUCUCUGUACAAUAUCUGUCUACGUCUGCAUAUUAUCUAUCUAUCUAUCUAUCUAUCUAUCUACAAUAUCUGUCUACGUCUGCAUAUUAUCUAUCUAUCUAUCUAUCUAUCUAUCUCUGUACAAUAUCUGUCUACGUCUGCAUAUUACCUAUCUAUCUAUCUAUCUAUCUAUCUCUGUACAAUAUCUGUCUACGUCUGCAUAUUACCUAUCUAUCUAUCUAUCUAUCUAUCUAUCUCUGUACAAUAUCUGUCUACGUCUGCAUAUUACCUAUCUAUCUAUCUAUCUAUCUAUCUCUGUACAAUAUCUGUCUACGUCUGCAUAUUACCUAUCUAUCUAUCUAUCUAUCUAUCUAUAAUAUCUGUCUACGUCUGCAUAUUAUCUAUCUAUCUAUCUACAAUAUCUGUCUACGUCUGCAUAUUAUCUAUCUAUCUACAACAUCUGUCUACGUCUGCAUAUUAUCUAUCUAUCUAUCUAUCUAUCUAUCUAUCUAUCUAUCUAUCUAUCUCUGUACAAUAUCUGUCUAUGUCUGCAUUUAUCUAUCUAUCUAA